AUGGCAUGCAAAGUAUGUAAAACCUACCUUGAACAAUUUGAACACGAAGACAUUGACACAGAGACAGACAAUGUUCCAGUACUUUCAGAAACAGAAUGGAAUAAGUUUGUUGACCAUUACUAUUCUCUCAUUCAUGAAGGGGCAGUUAUUUGUAAUGCAGAAAGUUAUUUUACUCAGUGUCAAAAUAUUUUGCACAAAAUUAGGCUACUUAACCCACAGCAAGAGAUUGAUGGUCUUCAUAACAUCUGGAUCAUUAAACCUGGAGCAAAAUCCCGUGGCAGAGAAAUAGUAUGCAAAAAUCGACUGGAUGAAAUAUUGAAACUAGUUGAACCAACUGAUCAAUUUCCAAUUAAAGAUCAUAAGUGGGUUGUCCAAAAGUAUAUAGAGAAACCACUCCUCAUUUAUGAUACAAAAUUUGAUAUUAGGCAGUGGUUUCUUGUAACAGACUGGAACCCAUUGACUAUAUGGUUCUACAAAGAAAGCUAUCUGAGAUUUUCAACUCAACGUUUUUCCUUAGAAAAUCUUCACAG